AUGCUUUUGCAGGAUAUGGAAAUCCCUGGUUUCACCGCCCACAUUGAAUUAGCAGAGACUGUGCCACAUUUCAUCCCAGAUAUGACCAGUCGACUGUUGGACUGUGCAUCUGGAACCGGUCUCCUUGGGCAAGAGCUUAAGAAACGCGGUUUCCUUCGCAUUGAUGCUCUUGACACAUCUAAGGAAUCUUUAGAUUACAGCCGGAAGAAACAGGUAUACACCAAUUACUUCUAUACAUAUGACGGAAUCUGCAUGUGUGCUGCUAUGGGGAAAGCCCACGUCCGUCCCGACUGUUUCCCAGAACUGGUUCGCAUCACUAAACCAGGCUAG